AUUAUCAAUAACAAACAUGGCGGAAGCAAUAGAUCCAUCACAGUUCGAAGACGAUGAUGAUUUAGAUGAUGGAGAUCAACUAUUAGAAAAGAAGAAAAAGAUCUUUACAAAAGAAUUAAGGUGUAUGCUUUACGGCUUCGGAGAUGAUAAAAAUCCAUAUGCAGAGUCUGUUGACUUGAUGGAAGAUCUAGUGAUAGAUUUUAUCACUGAGAUGACUCAAAGAGCUUUAGAAGCUGGUAGGCAAGGUCGAAUUAGUGUUGAGGACAUAGUCUACGUGGUUCGAAAGGAUGUUAAAAAGUAUUCACGGGUCAAAGAACUAAUGAUGAUGAGCGAGGAAUUAAGAAAAGCUAGAAAGGCAUUUGAUGAAAUUAAGUUUGCUGGUAAAUGA